AUGGCCCAAGCUAUGACGGCGCAAGCAGCUGACAAUGCUCAGAGGCGUGCUGACAAGGCUGCGCGUGAGCUACAUCAGCGUGAGAGAGAGGCGACCCUAGACCAGAACAGGGGACUGACUAACUUCAGGAGGCAGGAUCCACCCAAGUUCAUGGGUGGAACUGACCCGGACAAGGCGGAUCUCUGGAUCCAAGAAAUCGAGAAGAUCUUCGGAGUUCUGCAGACUGCUGAGGGAGCCAAGGUGGGCUUGACUACCUACCUUUUGCUGGGGGAUGCUGAGUACUGGUGGAGGGGCGCCAGAGGGAUCAUGGAGGCCAACCAUGAAGAAGUCGAUGAGCGCUACAUGUGUAAGCGAUUUGUGAAUGGAUUGCGAGCAGAUAUUGAAGAUUAUGUGAGACCGUUGGGGAUCACACGGUUUCAAGCAUUGGUGGAGAAGGCAACCGAGGUGGAGAUGAUGAAGAACAAAAGGAUGAACCGAGUAGGAACUGGGGGGCUGAUGAGGUCGAGGUCCCAAAACAACCACGAGACGGAAAUAUUACAGCAGAGGAAGCCGUAUCAGCUUCCGGAGGGGAGAGGUUUUACCCCAGGAUCGUACAAACCUAUGAUUGCUGCUACUCCAGGGGCAGGAAGCCAAUCAGCACACCCUGAGGUGACAUGUUUCAGGUGUGGGAAGAAUGGACACUAUGCUAACUCAUGUCAGAACCAAGGGCCCCGAUGUUUCAAUUGUAACCAGCCGGGGCAUAUGGCCGUCGAGUGCAAGGCACCUAUGGCGGAGCCAACUGUUAAUAUUGUGAAGGGGAAGCGUACAGCUGCAAAGGGGAGAGUUUAUGUCAUGGAUAGCGAGGAAGCUGAUGGAGCAGAAACUAAAACUGAUCUCUGGCUUAUAGUUUCGAGGGCGAAACUAUUUUAA